AUGCGUUUCCAAAUCAUUGCCGUUGUUCUUGCUGCUGCUACCUCGUCGGUGCUCGGCGCUCCUGUCUCGACUACUGAGCCUGUCCCCGUUGCUGCAACUGGCUCGACCCCUGUUGGUGGUGCCGCUGCCAAUGCCUUUUGUGCUUGGUGCAAAUGGGAUUGGUAA